AUGGCGAGUAACUCAAAGCGACUGAUCGACCCCAUCGCGCGAGAGGCAAAGCGGCUGGGAUAUGUCGCUCGAAGUGCGCUGAAGCUCGUGCAGCUGGAUGAAAAGUUUCGGCUUCUCCGGAACAAGCGCUCGGUGUUGGAUCUCGGAUGCGCGCCUGGUGCUUGGAUUCAAGUCGUUCACGAGCGAACACGGCGUCAAGGAGGGACGUGCGCGCGCGUACUGGGGAUAGACCUGAAGGAGAUCGAUCGAGGGACGCUCGCGGGUCUGCGACACGUCGACGCGGCGCGGGCUUCCACGAUGACGCUCGAUGCGACCGAGGCUCGAGCGAGCGAUCUGGGAGUUGAGACGUUCGAUGCGGUGUUGUCGGACAUGAUGGUGAAUACGCGAGGGCUGGCGAGCGUCGACGCCGCAGCUUCGCUGGAGUUGGCGGAGUGCGCGGUGGACUUGGCGGUGGUUAGAGACGGUGGCGUGUUGGCAGCUCGAGGAGAUCUGGUGGUCAAAAUUUUGGAGGGCUCGGGCAGCGUGGAAGAGUUGGCGAAGCAUUGCAAGCCGCACUUUGAUAAAGUGAACUGGUUCAAGCCGAACGCGACGCGGUCUGAGAGUAGAGAGAUUUAUUUAGUUGCACGCGGGCGCAAGUUACUUGAGUAG